AUGGCCAAUCUCGGUCGUCCUCGACACCCUGUGGUCUACGCCGACGACCGCACCAACGCCUCCACCGCCGAGGGCUUCACUAGCAACGGCGCCGCCAUCCGCCUCACCUUCUGGCCCGCGCAUUCGCCGCUCAUCUCCUACUUCACCGUCCACCUACCCACCCUCCUCCAGGACGGACCCGCCACCUCGCUCCUCCUUCUGCCACGCCUUGUCCGCACCGACGGCGACCUCGCCCUCUUCCGCGUCAUCAUCGGCUCUUCAUACAUCGACCGGGACCACAACAACUACAUCAUCUACCGUGCCGGCGUCAACAAGCUUGAGGUGCUCCCCACCCACCCCACCCGCUUGUUCGCCGACCGGUCAGUUGCCCUCCUGCGCUGCCCCGACGACGGCAGGUUCUUGGUCGCCAAUCUCCGUUCAACUUUCGACCUUGGGCAGUACGCCCUCGACCUGUUUGACUCCCGGUCAGGCACAUGGAACACCAGGUCCAUGCGUACAGAACCUCCACACAAGGACUGCUACUACAGCACUCCGACCAAGGUGAUCGCCCUCGGUGGCGAUCGCGGUUCAGUCGGCUGGGUCGACCUAUGGAAUGGCAUCCUCAUCGGUGAUCUGCUCCCCGGCGGCGACGGCGAUGACAACAACGUCCUCCGCUUCAUCCGUUUGCCCGUGCUUUUGGCGCCCAACAAGAUGGACCCGUUCUGUUUGACCUGUGACCGGGACGUCUCUGUCGGCAGAGAUGGCUCCAUCAAAUACUCAGAGGUGUGGACUCAUCCUGUCCCUGGCUCGACCUACAUCUCCGAGGACUGGGGUGCUGCCAUACUGACAUGGCUGGAGUCCAAGAAGAAGUGGCACAUCGACCUCAAGCUCAAAGCCUCGGACAUCAUCGUGGACGAGACUCACUCCCAGUUGCUUCCUCAGCAUGAUGUCAAGGACACAACGAAGAAUGCAACCUUGAGCAGACUUCACACAGGGCAUCCUACUCUCAGCUUGCAUGAUGAUGAUGUUGUUUACAUCAUGGCCAAGGUUUACCACAUGGACUACGACUUGUGGAUGCUUGCUGUUGACAUGAGGAACAAGACUCUGAAAGGAGUGGCUGCUCUCACCAGUAAAAGAAGCUUGGGUUUUAGAUUCAUGUACCUGCAAAGUGACCUCUCCAACCAUCUGGUGGCCACAAGCGAAAACACCGAGGUCUUCAACCUUCCGCCCAAAAGCAAAAGAAAGAAGAAUCCUUCUAAAACUGCCAAGCAACAACCUGGGAAGACUCUUGCUAACAGCUGUCGUGUGGAACAAGAAGAACAGGAGCUGAGGAUACUCGAGCCUCGAGUUAUUACUAUUCAGCCCCCUCUGUACCUAAGGAGGACUCUGUUGGCAUAUUUCCUCCAGGACAGGGGUCUGAUGUGCCAGAAGGCAUUGGUGCUGCUUCCGCAAAUGUGAGUGCACCAAGAUCAUUUACCCUGGAGGUCAAGAAUGACGGCGCUGGAGAUGCCAACGAGCAAACUAAGGAGACAAGUGCAAGCAAUGCCACUGGCCUAGCAUCUCUAGGACCAUUAUCCCCGUCUGAUGAAGGCGCGGUCUUGAAUAAUGACUUGAUAGAGAAAACAGAUGGCUAUCUCUCUGAUGAACAUUCAUUUGAACACAACCAAAAUGCAGAUUCAAAUGGUGAUAUGUCUACUACAGCGUAUCAGUUGGAAGACUUGACCAUACAUGAGGAAAACAGACCAAAACCAUCUGAUGAUAACCCAGG